AUAUAAUGUUUUGAAUAGUGUGUAUAGUAUAACCAACCAUGUCAGAAGAUCUACCAUACAUGGCAGAAUAUGCAAAAUCUGGCCGAGCUGGCUGUAAGGGCUGCAAAACGAACAUAGCCCAGGAUUCUUUGCGAAUUGCAAGAAUGGUUCAGUCACCACAUUUUGAUGGAAAGGUCCCACAAUGGUAUCAUUUCCGAUGCUUUUUUCAAAAAUUUAAACCAAAAUCUUGCUCAGAUAUUGGAAAAUUCGACACUCUGCGUUGGGACGACCAAGAGAAAGUUCGAGCAAAAUUUACUGGGUGUGAGACUGUUAAAGAUGAGGUUGAUGGUCCAAGUUGCAAUAACAAUAACAGUGAUUUUCAAAUUGAAUAUGCUAAAUCUGGUAGAGCAAAAUGCAGACAAUGUGAAGAGAAAAUAGAGAAAGGUGUUAUUCGAAUUUCCAAACUAAUGGAACCAGAAGAAGUAAAGUUUGCCAGGGGUCCUGUACCUCAUUGGCAUCAUGUUAAAUGUUUUGUGGAAAGAAAAACAGAAUUAGACGUUGGUGACUUGGCAGCCACUGAUAUUCCUGGAUUUACAUCGUUAAACGACGAGGACCAAAAGUCAGUAUUGAAGCAAGUUGGAACUAAAAAGAAAAAAGCAUCUAAAAAGAAGAAAAUUGUUGCAGAGCAGAAGAAGGAACCUGUUGCUGAAGAGAAACUCAGCGAAGAAGCCAAAAAGUUAAAGCAACAAAAUGAAAAGUUUUGGAAAAUCAGAGAUCAGCUUUUUAAAACUUGCAGUAAUGCUGUGCUUCGAAGCAUGUUGGAAGCAAAUAAUUACGACAGUACAGGUGGAGAGAGUAAGAUUUUGGACAGUUGUGCUGAUGGAAUGAUGUUUGGUGCACUGGAAACAUGUCCAGACUGUGACAAAGGACGACUGGCAUACAAAUCUGAGGGAUAUGCAUGCACUGGUAACAUCAGUGGGUGGACACGCUGUGUGUAUGUCACUCACACACCAAAAAGAAAAAUGUGGAAAAUACCCAUUGAUUUAAAGGAAGAUAACGAUUUUUUAUCUAAAUUCAAAUUAAAAAUCAGAGAUCGAAAAUUUCCUGCAAGUGCUGUAGCUCAGCUGAAGAAACAGUCAAGUACAAGCAACAAACCGUUGGAGAAUAAAAAAAUUGUGUUGGUUGGAAAGCUUAAGCAAACUAAGGCAGAAUUGCGAUCAAAAGUUGAAGAACUUGGUGGUACUUUAACUGACAGUGUAAAUAAAUCGUGUUUUUGUUGUGUAAGCUCGCCUGGGGAGGUUUUGAAAUCUGGUAAAAAGAUGCAAACGGUAGAAGCAAAUGAUAUUCCUGUAGUCGCUGAAGAGUACAUCGAUGCUGUCACAAAAGGUGGCGCGGAACUACUUGUAACACAGUAUGCAAUAGCACCUUGGGGCGGAAAUCAUGAGCCCACGGACGAAACAGAUGGUAAAGCCAGUGGAUCUCGCAAACGGAAAAUAGAAAAAUCGUCUGCUGAAUCUUCGAAAAAAGCAAAAUUAACAAUGAAAGGAGGAGCCAUUGUGGAUCCAGAUUCAGGGAAGGAAGAUACUUGUCAUGUGUUAUCGUUUCGAAACGAAUUAUACAACGCAGUGUUAGGCAUGGUUGAUUUAUUAAGAGGGACAAAUUCUUACUACAAAGUUCAAGUUUUGGAACACGAUACAAAAAAAAAUAAAUUUUAUGUGUUUCGUGCGUGGGGACGUGUGGGAACUACUAUUGGUGGCAACAAAUUAGAGUCAUUCAAUGACCGUGAAGAUGCUAUAUGGAAUUUUAAAGAAGUAUACGAAGAGAAAACAGGCAAUUCUUGGCAUAACCGAAAAAAUUUUGUGAAGAAACCUUCAAGGUUUUACCCGUUGGAUAUCGACUAUGGCCAGGAGGACGAAACACUCCAAAGUUCUGUUGCCCCGGGUAGCCUGAGUAAGUUAACUAAUCCAGUAAAAGAGUUGAUCAAGCUGAUAUUUGAUGUCGAGGCGAUGAAACAUGCCUUAGUGGAAUUUGAGAUUGAUUUAAAGAAAAUGCCACUUGGUAAACUUUCGAAGAAACAAAUUGAAACAGCUUAUGCUUGUCUCGGUGAAUGCCAAAAGUGUGUAACUGAUGGUGUAACUGGUUCGAAAGUUCUCGAUGCUUCCAACCGCUUCUUCACAUUGAUCCCUCACGAUUUCGGAAUGAAGAAGCCGCCCCUUUUAGACAACAGUGACCUCAUUAACUUAAAAAUAAAAAUGUUGGACAGUUUGCUGGAGAUUGAGAUAGCCUACAGUUUACUAAAAGGAUCGAAAGGUGAUGCUGAAAAGGAUCCACUUGAUCUACAUUACGAAAGUUUAAAAGCAGAUAUACAUGAGAUUGAAAAGAGUUCAGAGGAAUUCCUUAUGAUCAAAGAAUAUGUAAAGAAUACGCACGCAAAAACACAUGGAAGUUAUUCGCUUGAUGUAGAUGAGGUGUUUUCUGUCGUACGGCAAGGUGAACGGCAACGGUACCGACCAUUUAAAGACUUACCGAACAGACAGUUAUUAUGGCAUGGAUCAAGAACGACUAACUACGCUGGUAUUUUAUCUCAAGGGUUGCGGAUUGCUCCUCCAGAAGCUCCAGUUACAGGUUAUAUGUUUGGAAAAGGUGUUUACUUUGCUGAUAUGGCUUCCAAGUCGGCCAACUACUGUAACACGACCCGUUCAAACAACACUGGACUUAUGUUGUUGUGCGAAGUUGCCCUGGGCAACAUGUAUGAAUUGAAAAAAGCCGAACAUGUUACAAAGUUACCUGCUGGCAAACACAGCUGCAAAGGUUUGGGUAAAACCGGGCCAGACCCUGAGGGUAACAAAGUUUUAAAAGAUGGUACUGUUGUUCCGAUGGGAGUUGGGAAAUCAACAGAUGUUAAGUCGUCAUCUUUGCUGUAUAACGAGUAUAUCGUGUACGAUGUUGCCCAAUUGGAAAUGAAAUAUUUAGUCAAACUGAAAUUCAACUACAAGUAUUAAGAUAGGUGGAAACUCCUUUUAAAUAUGGUAGCGUUGUAGCGUGAUCAUAUCAGCUGCACUAGCAUUCAUCCAUUUGAUGUCAAAAACCUGUACGUGGGAUUUAGAUCCGUCAUUUCUAACGGACUUCUUUGCGUUCCGUUUUACUUUUUUAUUAUACAUGUGAUUUAGAUUUAUUAUGGCCCCCAUAGUUUUGUUACUAGAAACAUAAGAACAACAUU